AGAGAAAAAAAAAUGGGAAAAGCAGCGAAGGAGCAAUUUAAUAGAGCUCUCAGUGAGCAUCUCAACACCAUUUAUGAAACUCUUGAGGCAUUGUAUCAAACACCAUCUUCAUCUCUUGAAAAAGUCAGCUGGAAAGAGGUUAUUCAGAUGGGUGAACAGCUUUAUAAACAAGCCACUAUGGUUGGAAUGCUUUGGACUGGAGAAGCUCCGGAGGUUAAAGCACUGGAGGAGAACAUGGCUUCAUAUUUUAAUACGCUGCAAGGGCUCCUUUUGCUUUCCCACUCAAGUACAGUGGGCGGAGGACCUACCCUGUGUUCCUGCAUUCAUGCGUCCAUUAAACAAGUUGUUGAUAGCAGUUUCAUGUUGAUGAAAGAGUCCGUGUCUUCAUAUGUAUCUAACAACAAAAACCAGAAAUUAUCAAUCCCCCAGUUGGUGGGCACUGUCUGGGAAGCUUGUUCUGCUCUUAAAAAGACUCCAGCCACAAACAUUACUGCUAUAGGUCGAGCAAUGACACAACUUGCUGUUUCCAUGAAGGAUGUACUUCGUGAAAUGAAUGAACUGAAGCCAGCGUCAUCUGAUGUCGGAGAUGAAUCUUCUGUUCAAGAUUCUGCCGAAGGAGAUCAGGAGAGUGAUGAUUCAUUUGCAGGUGAUCUAGGCAAUGAUCUUUCUCCAGAGGAAAUGGAAAUUGCUCGUUUGACUACUGAUGUGGUAGCUGCAACACUUGUGGUCAUUAAAGAACUUAUUCGCUCCAUUACAAGCUUGCUUAAGCAGGAAAGUACUGCGGAUAUUGCUACUUUUGUACCCUCUCUAGAGACACUACUGAAACUUUCUCAAGAAAUCGGACUUCAAAUUGACGAACUUGGAGCUUCUCUGUAUCCUCCACAAGAAAUUUCUUCAUUGAAGACUGCUAUAGAGAAGAUAUCAUGUGCUACUGAUGAAAUAUUGGUGGAGCUGGAUAAACUUAAAGGGUGUUCUGAAGAUUUUGUUAAAGCAUGCAAUGGUUUGCGGAGUUCAUUGAAACAACUGGAAGCAGAAUUAGAUCACUCAGAUGCAACUGAUACUAUGCCCAAGAUAGAAAACCUCUCUAUCGCGUAAUUAUAGUAAAGAGGAAAGGGGAGGAAAAAUAUGCUUUUGAAUGAUCUUUGAUUUGUAGCUAUGAGCAUCGAGUUGAAAGUUCUUACAUUUAUUUGAAUAUGAUGUUUUUUUUUCUUU